AUGGGAUCUUCACCAAACAAACUGAUUCUUUACACAAACUAUACCUGUACAUGGGCCAAUCGUGCCAAUGUUGCACUUACAGAACUCGGCAUACCAUUUGAGGAGAGAAUCAUCAAUGUAGACGGUCCACGUCCCCCUGAGUUCCUGAAGCUCAAUCCACGUGGGCUCGUUCCGGUGAUUAUCUUUAACGACGAGGUAAUCAUUGAAUCAGCUAUUGUCUGCCAGUUUCUGUGCGAUAUUUAUCCGUCCCACCUGUGCCCUCCGCCGACCACGAUAGAGGGUGCUUUGCAACGUGCAAGGAUAUCCUUCUUUACAGAUGCGUACUGGACCAAGUUCCACACUAUACUCUUUAGACUGUUCGAAGCGCCAACCAAAGUCGACGAGGAGAAUGUCGUGAAGGAUGCCAUCAAUGGGCUGGUUAAGGAGGUAGAGCCGCUGCUGAAGAAUGCCAAUCCAUUUUUCGGAGGCAGCGAUCGUCUGACACUGGCCGAAGUAAUGAUGGGACCAUUUGUCAUCAGGGCUGUCACACUAUCCAAGUUUGGUGUCUAUCCGACAAGCUUGAAUGAACAAAUCGAAAGCAAAGCCCCAAACUUUCACAGCUGGGCCAAAGCUGUCUCUAGCCAUUCCAGCAUCACAUCCAUUUUUGAUGAACAAGUCAUCGUGAAGAGGUCGCUGAACAAGAGGCACAGAAUGAGGAAGGCUGCUGGCUUGGACGAUUAA